AUGCAGUUUGUACGCAAGGCCGAAGAGGUCCUGACCGGCAAGAAGGAUGAGUCGCAUGAGUCGACCAAGUCCUCCAACCAUGGACCUCACAAGUCUAACUUGGCUAAUAAACUCGACCCCCGUGUCGACAGUGAUAAAGACAACCGUGCUGCCCACACCGAUGCGACUGGCGCUGGUCUUGGAACAACCCAUGGAACAACCCAUGGCACAACCCCCGCUACAGGCACUCAUAGCUCUACCCUGGGCUCUGGUGCUACUCACAGCACUGGUGUGACUGGCACUGGCGCCGGCCUUGGAUCUACCCACGGCACUACUGCUACAGGCACUCAUGGCACCACUGGCAGCACCAAUGUCGGUCCUCACAGCUCUAACAUCGCCAACAAGGCCGAUCCCCGCGUCGACUCUGACCGCGACAACCGUGCACGCCAUGAAGGUCUCACUGGUACUGGCACUACACAUGGCACUUCAGGUGUAACUGGCACUGGAGCCGGUCUUGGAUCCACUCACGGCACCACCGCUACAGGCACUCAUGGCACCACUGGCAGUACCAAUGUCGGUCCUCACAGCUCUAACAUCGCCAACAAGGCCGAUCCCCGCGUCGACUCUGACCGCGACAACCGUGCUCGCCACGAGGGUCUCACCGGCACUGGCACUACACACGGCACCUCGGGUGUGACUGGCACCGGUGCCGGUCUUGGAUCUACUCAUGGCACAACCGGUACUCACAGCUCUGCUCUGGGCUCUGGAUCCACUCACGGCACCACUGCUACAGGUACUCAUGGCACCACCGGCAGCACCAAUGUCGGUCCUCACAGCUCCAACAUUGCCAAUAAGAUUGAUCCCCGCGUUGACUCUGACCGCGAUAACCGUGCUCACCACGAGGGUCUCACUGGUGCUGGUACCGGUGCCGGUCUUGGAUCUACUCACGGCACAACCGGUACUCACAGCUCUGCUCUGGGCUCUGGCACUACCCACGGCACCUCAGGUGUGACUGGCACUGGCGCCGGCCUUGGAUCUACCCACGGCACUACUGCUACAGACACUCACGGCACCACUGGCAGCACCAAUGUCGGUCCCCACAGCUCCAACAUCGCCAACAAGAUUGAUCCCCGCGUCGACUCUGACCGCGAUAACCGUGCUCAUCACGGCGGUCUCUCUGGCGCUGGCACCGGUGCCGGUGCUGGUCUUGGAUCUACUCACCACGCCACCGCUACGGGCACCCACAGCUCGACCCUGGGCUCUGGAACUGGCGCUACCCACAACACUAUCCGCGAGCAGCCUGUAUACACUACCGGCUCUCCCAUUAAUACCCCGGGUAGCAGCAGCACAAAUGCUGGACCUCACAGCUCCAACAUCGCCAACAAGCUGGACCCCCGCGUUGACUCGGACCGCGACAGCAAUGCUCUCGCUGGUACUGGCGCUGGUACUACUACCCACGGCACCCACACUCGCGCCACUACUGGUAUCCCCGCUAGCUUGGCGCUUGGUGGCUCCGGCCUUGAUAGUACUGGUCGUCAGGAUGCUCUUGCUGGUAGCAGCUACAAUACCCCUGCCACUGGAACUACCACUGGUGCUACCAGUACCACCGGUCCUCAUAGUUCAAGCAUCGCCAACAAGAUUGAUCCCCGUGUCGACUCUGAUGUUACCCGUGCUGAGAAUGAGGCUCUGCACCGUCAAAUCUAG